GCGGUGCGGGCUGGGCCGGGCUGGGCUGCGCGCACGGGCUCGGCCGCCGCCCCUGCCGGUUGCGCCCCCUGUGCUGCCCACGCUGCACAGAGGGCCGGCGAGGCCACCAUGACGACCGCCAUCUUGGAGCGCCUGAGCACGCUGUCGGUGAGCGGGCAGCAGCUGCGUCGCCUGCCCAAGAUCCUGGAGGACGGGCUGCCCAAGAUGCCUUGCACCGUCCCGGAAACGGAUGUGCCCCAGCUCUUCCGGGAGCCUUACAUCCGCACCGGCUACCGCCCCACAGGGCACGAGUGGCGCUACUACUUCUUCAGCCUCUUUCAGAAACACAAUGAGGUGGUCAACGUGUGGACCCACUUGCUGGCGGCCCUGGCCGUCCUCUUGCGAUUCUGGGCCUUCGCGGAGGCUGAGGCCUUGCCAUGGGCCUCUACCCACUCCCUGCCCCUGCUCCUCUUUAUCCUGUCUUCAAUCACUUACCUCACGUGCAGCCUUCUGGCCCACCUGUUGCAGUCCAAGUCGGAGCUCUCCCACUACACCUUCUACUUUGUGGACUACGUUGGCGUGAGCGUCUACCAAUAUGGCAGUGCCUUGGCCCACUUCUUCUACAGCUCCGACCAGGCCUGGUACGAGCGGUUCUGGCUUUUUUUCUUGCCAGCAGCUGCCUUCUGUGGCUGGUUAUCUUGUGCUGGCUGUUGCUAUGCCAAGUAUCGUUACCGGAGGCCUUACCCUGUCAUGAGGAAGAUCUGUCAAGUGGUGCCGGCAGGGCUGGCCUUCAUCCUAGACAUCAGCCCUGUGGCACACCGUGUGGCACUCUGCCACCUGGCUGGCUGCCAGGAGCAGGCCGCCUGGUACCACACCCUCCAGAUCCUCUUCUUUUUGGUUAGCGCUUACUUCUUCUCCUGUCCCGUGCCUGAGAAGUACUUUCCGGGUUCUUGUGACAUUGUGGGCCACGGGCAUCAGAUCUUCCAUGCCUUUCUGUCAAUCUGCACGCUCUCCCAGCUGGAGGCCAUACUCCUGGAUUACCAGGGGCGGCAGGAGAUCUUCCUGCAGCGCCACGGUCCUCUGUCCGUCUACACGGCCUGCCUCUCCUUCUUCUUUUUGGCCGCCUGCAGUGCUGCCACCGCAGGCCUCCUGAGGCACAAGGUCAAGGCCAGACUGACCAAGAAAGAUUCCUGAGACUGUCAGGUGGGGCAAGGUGUGGAGGCAGCCCAUUCUGAUUUGGGGAAAACUUGAUACAACAGAAGUUGACUUUUUAUUUUUAAGGGUUGGCUUUUAAAUUAGUACGUAUUUCCAAGGAUAUGCUAUGGCUACAGCAUUUGAAAGCCAAAGGAUUCAAGAGUUUUGUUAUUAAUAAAAGGUGUAUUCCUUGUCCUUACGGAUCAUAGUCUUACAAGACACAGGAAGUGAAGGAAUCUUGGCUAAGAUUAAUGGGACACUGAAUUAAGGAGAACCAUCUUCAUGCCUACUUUUAGCAGAAUUCUGACUUUGGCCUCCAGGGGCAAGUCCUAGCGCUGAAUGGAUAAUAAAAUUGGACUAGAAAGUAAGAAAGUCACUGGUCCUCACCCUAUUGGAAUGGCCGUCUUACUAUGCUGGUCUUUGGUAAUCAAAUAAAUUGACCCAAGGACCCUCUUUAAUUUGGAUCAGUUGUCUAGGGUGGAAAAAUUAGAAUCUUUGAGAUGAUUCAGUGAAACCCUUAGACAUAAUGAAUUAUUCAGUUCAUCUGAUUUCUGCUCCCUUCUGUCUGGUCCACUGUAACACUGUAACAGCCUGGCUGUUUUCUCUGAAGUGCUGUUCACUCCAUUCCUACUUUGCACGGUAAUAUAAAGGACUAUGAAGCAGUCUUCUUCCAGGAAAUGUUUGGAUCCCUGUGGACAUUUAGGAAACUUAUUCUCAUAUAAUACUAAUAUAAAUGGUACUAGAAAGUACAGUGCCAAGAGCCAUCAGGAGGCCCAGCCAAUAAGCAUGGAUACUGUUUGGUGUCAUGGGACCCCUUUGUUUUAUAUUUGUGGACUACGGAUUACUUGAGUGCUAUUAGGGGCUGCUUUACAGGCCAGGAGAUCUGAUCUGGGGGUUGCUUCAGGGAAUUUUGACAAGCAUGUGUAAAAAGCUCUUGCUGGGGUGAAUUGAUUCUAAGGGUCCUAAAGAGAUAUGAUUAUUUCCAGAGGAAACCAAGGUCCAGCCUCCUCCAUAGAUGCUACCCCAUGAAGGGCCUACCACUGUUCAAAGUCCUCAGGCAGGCUGUUCUGCCUCAGCUUAGAGCAGAACCCAUAAAAUGAACAAGUCCCAGGAGAGCCAAGCAUGUGUGCUCACUGUGGGUUGGUCCAAAUGCCUCCUUUGGGUGAGAAUGUGUGAACCUUGCACCAUGUACCCAAAAUGCUGUUCAGAACAUGGCUGUCCGGCAGCUUCUCAGUGGGCUAGGUGGUGCUUGUGAUUGGUGUUCUGGCCACGCAGCCCUCUCUGAGUACUGACUUCUGCACUAAUCCAGUGAAGAAGCUGCAGCAAAAGAAGGGCUGAGAAGCCCUUUCCCCAGAGGCUAAUUUCCUAUCAGUGUAAGUUCUCUUAUUUACUAAAAAGGGAAGUGGUUGGUUUUAACUCCAGUUUGAUGAACCUCCUCUAUUAUGUUACUUUGUUGUCUUCACCUCUUUGUCUUCUUCCUUUCUCUGAGAGAUUUGUGGGUUUUGUGCCUUAUAAAUGGAAAUGUAUGAACACUUAAUAUAUGCCCAUGUGAAAUUUUCUGUUUGGGGCAAUGGGGAUAAGAAAAAAAGAAUUCAUUGCUUUGCAACCAGUGAACGAAAGAAACUUCAGAAAGCUAGGAUUCUUUAUCAAUCAAAUGACUCUUUUGAUCUGUAUUUAAAUAGCCAAAAAAAGGACAUUCAACUGAAGCUUUCCUAUAAUCUUUAUAUGAAGAAGGCGUGUGUCCUGUCGGCCACAUUGUUUUCCUAGAUAGAUUUCUCCUGUUAAUUCUCAAAUAUCUGAACUUCUAUGUUACCCAAGUGUCUUACACAAGCUUCUGGUGUGUAGGCCAAACUCACAGCAAAUAAAGUUAGCAAAAUUGAUUGGGUUGAAUUGAAUGAGGGGAUGGGGGAAUUAAUUGUGCAAACUUGUUGCAAGUCAAUUUAAAACUGGGACUAGAGAGUGUUUGAAAUUUUUGUUAUUAUGGAUGCAAAGACUAUACUAUUUUAAAAG